AUGACAUCCUAUAAGAUGUGUGCCGUGCCAAUGUGUAUAAGUACGACCAUUAAAAAUCCUGAGAAAUUGUUUAUACACGUUCCUAAGAGUCCAAAACGUCGAAAGCAGUGGUUACAGUUAGCACGCCGAGACUCGAAGUUUACAUCUGAUAAAUCUACAAUUUUCUUUUGUGAAGACCACUUUGAUCUACCUAAUGAUAUGGAAAAUUACAUUCAGUACAGUAUAAUGGAUUCUGUUGGUAAAAUAAGAAUGAAGCCGGGCUGCUUGCCAUCAAAGUUUGAGUGUCAACCAGACAGAAUGAAACGUACUGCGCCUCCGCAGCCUCGAUCAGCCAUAAGCAAAAGGCGACGUAUGGACAUAAUACUGGAUGUAAUUUCCAAGGAAACUCAAAUGUCAGCAACAUCAGGCACGACAAGCGAG